AUGUCUGGCGGCAUGAAGCAGAUGCAAAUGCUAGUGACUCGCUUUGAGAGGUUGUCAAGGCGAAUUAGCCUUGCAGGGCUCCUCUCGAAUCACCAAGCAGUUCAGGCAAUCUCGCAAGGCCGGGUCAAAGUAGAUGGACAGCUAGCUUCAAGCAACUUCAAAGUCUUUCAGGAGGCACACGUAACUUUGGAUGGUGUGAAUGUCCCACCACCUGAACCCGAGCCCAAGCUGUGGGCAAUGUUCAAACCCAGGAAGGUCCUUUGUGAGAACUUGGAACGUGAAGAUGCCAGAACAAUUCGUGCGAAAAUGCGAAGGUGGUACGAGAAGGAGAUCAAUCGGGCGGGUCAAGCCCUCGCAGUCGGUUUGGAAGAAGAGAGCCUCAAAGAUCGGCAUUGGGUCAUUGUCACUGGAUUGGCAUAUGCCUUUGAUGGCUUGGUGCUCUUGACAAAUGAUGGUAUAUUUGCAGAGACGCUUGCAAGUGCCGAAUCCAAUAUUCUCAGCGCGUUCGACUGCAAAAUUCAAGGUGACCCACCAGUGGAAGUGCUACACAAAUGGCGGACUGGGGCUAGAGCGGCGGGCGUGAACUAUGGCAGAGUGUUUUGCACUGUGCAAAAGCGAACGGGGGCAACUUACAGAAUGCGAGUGAGAUAUGUGGAGUCGCCAGAUCGGCCAAUCGACAUGCUGCUGGAUGCCCACCGCAUGCGAAUACAAACAGUUCGGCGAUAUGCUUUCGGACCGUAUGUCCUCUCUGAUGUUCCUGAAGAUAAUGUGAUCCGUGUUCCUAUUCACAAGAGCAUUAGGCAUUUGCUUCCAGUGGCCGACAUGAGACAAACGCUGGUGCCAGUACACGGUGCCAUGCUCGAGGCUCCUGCAAUGCAUCUCGCAGUGCGCAGAGUGUCGCAGCCACUUGUACCAGCCUCUUUCUCUGCUGUAUUUGUUCUCUCCAUGUUUGCACGUCACGUUUUGCUGUCCUCGUGGCGAAGCGUUUCACCCUAA